AUGGGAUUGAUUGGGACGACCCUCAUGGUUAGGUAUGGGUGGGAUAUCACUAGAGGGUUACCUUACGGUGCUACGAUGGAAGUACUGCUCGCUCAAAUUUCCAGGUAUAUACUUAGCGUUUGCCAUGCAGUUACUGAUCGUGUUCACCAGUGA